CGUUUCUACCCUCAGUGUGCCGUGCGGGUAGGUUGCAUCGCGAACGCGUUUUACUGACGCCGAGCGCGUCUCUACGCUCAUAUAAACACACGUCUUUUGUACGUUUUAUGCCACACCUCCCCUUUAUAUUUUUUUUUAUUUUUUUGAUUUAAAAAGUUUCAAUUAAAAUAAAAAAUUGUUAUCUAAAAAAAAAUCGUGGAUUAAUAAAAAUACUUUCCAGUUAAGUGACAUUAAAAACAUUGUGUUGAUCAUUUAGUGCUUUUACUUGGUGAUUGUUUUAAAGUCAAGGAAAUUUCUCAAUGAUUCAUUGGGGAGAUGGUGACGUGACUAAUUAGCGAGAGAGCAAGAGAAACCGGAUGUCCGUGUAGUAGCCAUGAACUCGACCGGAAACGCUGGAUCACAGGAGGGUGGUAAUAGCGGUGAAUAUGGUAGUAGCGAAGAAACGGCUGCGUUGUUGACCCGUGGACCACCGCCGCCAGUUGUUGUUAGUAGUGGAUCUCAUCAGGGUAAACCAGUAUUAACGCGUCAGGAUCGGGCGACCUUUCUAGUUGCAUCCCCGCAAUUGUCGGUCUCUGGUUUGGGUGGCAGUGAAGAAAGCGGUACCAAUGAGGAUCCCGCUACCAGAAGUGUCCCCGACAUUGAAUUGCACUGCAGACUAGAUGGUGAACCACAGCAUUUACAACAGCAGCAGCAAUGCCAUCACCCAACGACGACGACUAUUUAUCGCGCCAGACAACCCGCACAUCAGUACAACCGGUGUCGAUGCGAACGUCGAGAUUCACUCGCACCCUCAUCUGCGCUUCAUCUGGCACGCAGUGUCUCCAGGGAAAGUGUAAGAAGUGGUCACCAUUGUUGUCCGUGUCAAGCACCACCACCUCCAGUGCUGGUGACAACAUCGCCAAGUACUCGAAUAAUAAGACAAAGUUCUCAGCCAGAAGCAUCAGCGUGCUGUUGUUCAGGAUGUUACUGUCCUCUACACUCAAACACCGCACCGAGUGCAUCUUUGCGUCAAUUACGUGAACCUGGUGAUGGGAUUGCCGGGAUCGCCGCUGAUUCAUUGCGAAUCAAUGGUGGAAUUCGUCAAUUUCGACAGUUUCCGUGGUGGUGGUGCAAAUCGUCAACGUCGACAGCAACAACACCUCCGCCGCCGAUGGCAAGCUUCAACGCAGCUUCGGCAUCUGGUUCCGGUGCCGGAGGCGCCCAAGGCGUCGUUCUCUGCCCGCGCACUCUGUCGCAAGCACGGCGUACCAGGCUGAGAAGAGCCAUCACCGAGGCCACUUCCGAGACCGUAUCCUACGUAAAGACGCUGCGGAAACCAGUAUCGACUCUUUCGAUCCCGGGGGCGAUGAGAAGCAGCAGCGGUGCCGGAGGAGCACCAGGUAGCGGAGGAAGUGGUUGCGGGAGCGGUGGUGGAGUCCUAGCAGGAGGCGAUGAUGCCGGUAUUGCCUUGGUCGGGGUGCACUCUGAGUACCCUCGUUUUAUGGAUGAGCGUGGUCUCGGCGGUGGUCCGAUGAAAGGUGCGCCCUCCGGCAGUAUCGGUCCUUGUUCGAAACACAAACCUAACGUAGGCUACAGACUCGGCAGGCGGAAGGCACUGUUUGAGAAGCGUAAACGGAUCAGUGAUUACGCCCUCGUGAUGGGGAUGUUUGGCAUCAUCGUCAUGGUUAUUGAGAACGAGCUGUCCAGCGCUGGAGUUUACACUAAGGCCUCGUUUUACUCGACUGCACUCAAAACCCUAAUCACUGUGUCUACUGUGAUACUGCUUGGCCUCAUAUUUGCUUACCAUGCCUUAGAAGUCCAGUUAUUUAUGAUUGAUAACUGCGCAGAUGACUGGCGAAUCGCAAUGACAUGGCAACGAAUAUCUCAAAUAACGAUAGAGCUAACAAUUUGUGCAAUUCAUCCGAUACCUGGCGAAUAUUACUUCCUAUGGACGACUAAAUUGGCGAAUAAGGGUGGUGACAUCGGAUCACAAUGGGUGCCAUACGAUGUGACACUCUCGUUGCCAAUGUUCCUGCGACUUUACCUCAUUUGCCGGGUGAUGUUACUGCACUCAAAAUUAUUUACCGACGCCUCGUCGCGAAGCAUAGGUGCCUUGAACCGCAUCAAUUUCAACACGAGGUUCGUCCUCAAAACACUCAUGACCAUCUGCCCCGGCACCGUGUUGUUAGUCUUUAUGGUGUCGCUCUGGAUUAUCGCAUCCUGGACGUUACGACAGUGUGAAAGGUUCCACGACGAAGAACAUGCAAACCUGCUCAAUGCUAUGUGGCUCAUCGCUAUCACAUUCCUGAGCGUCGGAUUUGGUGAUAUUGUACCUAAUACAUAUUGCGGGAGGGGUAUUGCUGUAUCUACAGGAAUGAUGGGAGCAGGAUGUACUGCAUUACUCGUCGCGGUUGUUUCAAGAAAAUUGGAACUCACGAGAGCAGAAAAACAUGUACAUAAUUUUAUGAUGGAUACGCAAUUAACGAAAAGAUUGAAAAAUGCAGCAGCUAACGUUUUACGGGAGACUUGGCUUAUUUACAAACACACACGAUUGGUUAAACGAGUUAAUCCAGGUCGCGUGAGAACACAUCAACGUAAAUUUCUACUAGCUAUUUACGCACUCAGGAAAGUUAAAAUGGACCAACGUAAGCUAAUGGAUAAUGCUAAUACGAUAACGGAUAUGGCGAAGACUCAAAAUACGGUGUACGAAAUAGUAUCGGACAUGAGUACCCGACAAGACGCUUUAGAAGAACGUCUGGUGAGCGUGGAGGAAAAAUUGACGGCCCUCCAGGAACAGUUGGACGUGUUACCAGAAGCGAUAACCCGUUGUCUAGCCCAGCAUGCCGAGCGAAUGGAGCAGCGGCGUAAUUUCCUCCAUCCCGACACAGCCGUGGCACUAUCAGCGACCCCUAGUGGAUGUGGCGGUUCAACCAGCGGUAACCUCGGAAACAGUCUCAACAUCGGGAUGACCGGGAACAUGAAUAUGGGUGGUCAUCAUCCGUUGGCUAGCAUGUCUAAUUCACCACUACUGCCACACUCACGCAGUGUACCAAACGCACCAAGCACAAUGUCCCUGCACCCGUGGCCAGUGAGUCCAGUGCUGCCCCCAGUGUCCAGCCGGACGCCCCAUCUGGUGCCGGAAACAGGGGGCUUCCGUCAACAAUCUUCGCAACAACAGCAACAGCAACAGCAACAUAAUAACACACCAACGACGUCCCAAUCUGUAACCAGGUUGACCACUCAGGCUGGCAUGGGAGGACUCGGGACCAGCCAGGGCUCAGAUACGUCUCCGCACAGCUGAGCCACGUCUUUGCAGCCGCAGCACUCAUAUUAAUAUCAAUAAGACAAUUGAAUUUUUAUUGGGCCUUUGAUAGAAACAACCGUAUCUUUUCUUCCAUGUUUGCUAGUUCACUGACGCUCACUUGUGAGGGCGCUCACAAUUCAGUUGAAUUAAGCGGGUAAUUUAAAUUAAUGUUUAAAUUCUUAGCUAUUAAAUGCAAUAGCUAACAUGGAAAUAAGACACGGGUUCUUCCACUAGCUGCGGACUGCUCCCUGCCCAACUUGUGUGCCUGAAAAACUUAUCUUUAUUAUUAAGGUAUUCCACUCUUCUCGUUACUGUCUGUCUGUCUUUCUCUAAACCUCUACGAUCUAUCUCUAACCUAUCUAUAUCUCUUGUAUUAGUACUUUGUUUAAUUGACAUUACCGUUGAUGUUACGAGACAUUUUAUAUUACGUAAUUGGAUAAAUAACGAAUCCUAUUAUUAAAUAAAUCUUAAAUUUUCAACAAUAAAAAUCUAAAUCGAGUCAAA